AUGGCAUCGCGCGCCAUCCAAUCGAUGCGCAGUGCCGUGCCACGGCUUGUGCAGCGCCAGCGCGCGCUGCAAACGCCAAUGCGUGCGUUUAGUGCGUCUGCAUUGCGCCAAAACCGACUUGCGCAGAUCCCGAACGACCCGAACUUCGACUUCCCCGGACUCUCUUCGACGAAGGUCGACGACAGCGACGUGCGAGCUCUCUUCGACACUCCUUACGCCCCGACGUCAAACGAGCCGACCGGUCUCUUCACCCUCGGGCCCCUCACGCAUCCCAAAGCUCUCCGCCCACUGACGCAGCGCACGCUCGUCCAUGCUCGCGCGAUCGUGGACCGCAUUGCUCGUGCCAAGGACGACCCGUCCGGGCGCGAGCUGCGUCUCGUCGUAAAGAAUCUCGACCGUCUCAGUGACCUCCUCUGCGGUGUGAUCGACAUGUGCGAGCUCGUGCGUAACGCUCAUCCCGACUCGCGUUGGGUGAAGGAGGCCGACAACACGUACGAGGCACUGUGCAGCUACAUGAAUGAGCUGAACACCGACCGGGGACUCUUCGAGGCGCUCGUCGCUACGCUCGAGGCCGACAUGUCACCGCCACUUUCUCACGCCGAGAAGCAGGUUGCGCUCACCUUCCUUCGUGACUUCGAGAAGAGCGGUAUCGACCUUCCGCCGGAGGUGCGCCAGCGCUUCGUCGAGCUCUCCGACUCACUGCUCGUGCUCGGACGGACGUUCCUCUCGGCUGCCUCCAGCGGACCGAGUCCGCAACCAUACAUCGAGAUCCCCGAGCCGGAGAAGCUUCUGCACGGCCUCGGUUCGGGUUUCAUCAACUCCCUCCCGCGGCGCGGUGGAGUUGCCCUCGUCCAGCCCGGGAGCUGGGAGAGCCAGAUGAUCAUCCGUUUUGCCCGCGAUGGUGAGGCCCGUCGACUGGCUUACGUGGGCAACUCGCGUGCCGAGCCGGACCGCAUCGCCGUCCUCGAGAAGAUGCUCUCGGAGCGUGCGGAGCUCGCCGGAGUUCUCGGCAAGAGCAACUGGGCCGAAGUUGCGCUUGUCGACAAGAUGGCCAAGAACCCGGAGAACGUCGAGGGAUUUCUGUCCAGCCUUGCUGCCCACCACAGGCAGCAGGCUCUUGGAGAUGUCAAACUGCUCCAGCGUCUGAAGAGCGCGAGCAUCACUGGCAUGGCCCCUCCGGCCGGGGCUCGCCUCCCGCCGUUCAAUGCCUGGGACCGUGACCACUUCUCGGAGCAGUACGUCUCCGCUCUCGCGCCGGCCAGCCUUGCACCGCUUGCGCCCUACUUCUCCGCCGGCACUGUGCUCCGUGGACUCUCUCGCCUCUUCACGAAACUGUACGGCAUUUCCUUCCGUCCCGCCAACGUCGCGCCGGGUGAAGUUUGGCAUCCAUCCGUUCGCCGUCUUGACGUUAUCGACGAGCAGGAGGGCCUCAUCGGUGUCAUCUACUGCGACCUGUUCUCCCGACAAGGCAAGCCGCCAAAUGCCGCCCACUACACCGUUCGCUGCAGCCGCCGUGUGGACGAUGACGACCUUGCUGGUGACGGCCUCGCGCCCGGAUGGGACUCGAGAUUCGGACCUGGUCUCGAGACCGAGGGCGACCAGAUGCCCGGCAAGGAGGGCCGGUACCAGCUGCCGAUUGUUGUGCUGACCACGGACUUUGGCACUGUUGAUGAGGCUGGACAGCCCGCGCUCCUCGGAUGGCACGAGGUCGAGACGCUGUUCCACGAGAUGGGCCACGCCAUGCACUGUGAGUUACUUUGUGGGUUCAACGCUGACGCUCAGCAAUGA